AUGCAACGAUCCAAGUCGAUUGAAAGCAUCACAUCAGCAACAUCAUCAUGUCGAGGUGGAGAAAAAAAAACUUCACCAACACAUAUGUUAAUUCAAAAUGAAAUCGAUAACAAAAUUUUGUUGUUGCCAGUAGCACAUUUGGUUAAUAGUUCAGUAACACGUAUUAAAAUUAAUGCUACAGCAACAUUCAAAAAAGAUAUUGAUGAUCGAAAGCAACAUCGAGGAAAGAUUAUUCAGUUGGGAACCAAGGAAAUAUGUAUGGAGCAGCUUCAAGUUUUUGAAAUGACAGCUGAUGCUAAGGAAGAAAGUACAACUGAUGAUGAAAUUAAUCAAAUAAAUAAAAAUGAAGAAUAUGACAAAAAAAAAUGUCCUAAAAAACAACAAACAGCAUCGCGUGGCGAAUACGAAUACAGCAGCACAAGUUCCAAUUCAAGUAUUUCGGUUAGUUCCAAGAAUCAAACAACAAAUAUUAUGAAAAAGAAGCAUGAUAUGAAAUCAAAACUUGUUCAAAUCGAUGAAGGAGUUAAUGAAUCAAAUGGUAAUGAAGAUCAAGUAUGUCGUAUUGCAACAAAUAAUUCAUCAAAUGAUAAAAUACCAUCAACAAAAUCUAUACAUAAUUCAUCAACAAUCAAAUCUAAAAAUAAUACAAAAGCUUCUUCAAUGAAUGUAUUUCAAACUGAACACCGAAAUGAAUCAUCACAACCUUCCAAUAGUCAAAUAAUUAUUAAUGCUCAACCUCGAAGCGUCAACAAUUGUCAAAAUGAUGCUACAGUACUCGAUUUUUCAAGCUCAGGUAAAUUUUUAGCCAUACCUGAUGCUGCAGGACGUCAAUGGUUUAUCAAUAUGGGAAAAUUUUUUGCUAAUAAAGCACCUGAUUCAGAUAUUUCGAAAUAUGCAACUGCUUUGGACAUAAAUGAUCCACGAGAUCUAAUUGAUUGCAUAGAAGAUACAACAUCAAAUACAGCUCGACAAGUAAUUCGACUUUUAUAUUCACCGAAUCAAUUGUUAACUAUGACAGGAACAGAAGUACCGAAAAAUACACGAUUGGCAAUUCGAGAAUUUGCUGAAUCACAAAAAGGUCCAAUAUCAAAGCGCCAAUUUAAUGAAGCUAUUAAUGGUGUAUUUCGAGCAACAAAAUGUGAAAUCAAAAAAAAAAAGAAGAAAGAAAAUAGCUUAAUGGUAUCAGAAAGUAACAGCAACCUUGGCAAGCACAUCAAUUGUCAGAAUAAAAGCUAUAAAACUUCAAAACAAAUGAUGAAUAAGCAUCAACGUUCAACAUCAACUGAUUUAAAUUCCAAUAAAGAAAAUCAUAAUGGUGAAGAAGAUCCAACAGACAGUCAAUGA